UCAUAGUUGCUUCUUCUGGGUGCUUCGGAGUCAUCUUGGGCAGGCUGAUGCUGUGGUCCCUCCCAUACUUGGUUUGUGUGUCUCUCACUGUCAGGAGGCCUGAUAUCACUAGUCUGGUCAGUGGUGCCUAUACCAGGAGCAGCCAACAUUUUAAACUCCAGUUUUCUCCAAGCUGAUUGGAAACCAGUGACCUGGACAUGAUUUCCACAAGGGUAAUGGACAUUAAACUUCGGGAGGCUGCCGAAGGCCUUGGGGAAGAUGGCUCAGGAAAGAAAAAAUCCAAAUUCAAAACAUUUAAGAAGUUGUUUGGGAAGAAGAAGAGAAAGGAAUCGCCUUCGUCUGCAGAAAACAGCACCUGGAAACCAAACCAGGCCCAGAGUGAGGUCAUCGCCAUUGAGUCAGGCCCAGUAGGCUAUGACUCUGAAGAUGAACUUGAGGAGUCCAGAGGCACAUUGGGCAGCCGGGCCCUUUCACACGAUAGUAUUUUCAUUCCUGAAUCUGGACAGGACCCUGCUCGGCCUGUGAGAGUAUUUUCCCAAGAAAAUGUGUGUGACCGGAUUAAGGCUUUGCAGUUAAAAAUACAGUGCAAUGUGAAAAUGGGGCCACCACCUCCCGGGGCCCUUCCCACCAAGCGAGCAGAUGAUACUGGCAUGAGCUCUGAGGAUGACGGGCUGCCCCGGAGCCCCCCAGAGAUGUCCUUGCUACAUGACGUGGGUCCCAGCACAACCAUAAAGAUCUCUUUAGUGUCCUCAUCCCGGCCACAAUCUCCAGACCACACAAGCAAUGCCACUGUCUCCUCUCAGACCUUGGACAGCAGCCUGGCACCUGUGGCUGACUUCAGCCACCCUCCGGAAUUCUCGUCCUGCCUGGACAACUCUGCAGCUAAGCACAAGCUCCUGGUGAAGCCCCGCAACCAGCGGUCAAGUAAAAUGAGGCGUCUGUCUUCGAGGGCCCAGUCUGAAUCCCUGUGCGAUCUGACAUGGACCCUAGAAGAGGAAGACUAUGAAGAGAAAUCACUGCCACAAGUCAGAGCAGAAGAGAGCCCCAGUUCUGGGCAGCAGGAGUUGAUGUUAGACAGACAACCUGAGCCUGGAGGGCUGGCCACCUUGCUGGCCCCUGGAGGGGCUCGUGCCAGACGUGCCCGCCUACAGCACAGCCCAGCGCUCAGUGCCAGCAUGGAGGAAGGAAGCUCCCCCGCAGAUGAGGCCUCAAGCCACCCUGCCACCCCUGAGGUCAUUGAGACCAUGGUCGUCCCAGCCCCCUGCGGGGAGGCUCCAUCUUUGCCAGAAGGUUCCCCACACCCCAGUCCCCACAGAGAAAUCCAGAAGGAAGAGCUGCCCGCUGUAGGCCCGAGUCCCCCAGUGGAGGACACGGCUGAGGAGAUGGUUUGCGCUUCUGGAGAUGCAGAAACCCCAUUAUCUACCCACGUCACUGAGGAGAGUGCAGCUCCUUCCGAGGGGGCCACUCCACCUUCCCAAGGGGAUUCAGGGCCUCCCGAGGGCGACGGCGCACUUCUGGAGGACACAACACCUCCCGAGGACACCACAGCCCCCGAGGGGAGCACCACUCUUCCCAAAGGGGACACGACGCCUUCCGAAGCGGACACGACACCUCUUGGGACUGUCAUUGCCACCACCUUACAGGUAGAGGCACCUUCUGGUCCGGAUGGACAGGACCAAAGGGUCCAGGAGGAGGCGGCGCCCACCGCGGUGACCACGGUGGCCAGCAGCCCAGAGGCAGCAGGGACGGAAUCCACCCAGGCCCUGGCCCGGAGCCCUCCGGGGCCCAAGAGCUGCCUGAAGCACAAGGGUCCGGCCGUGGACGCAGCAGCCCCCACGGGGCCCCCCGCGCCCGCGCCCGCGGAGUCGCCUCCCGGGGAGCCCCGCGCGCGCGCCCAGGACGAGGCGACGGCCCCGGAGCGGCCCCUGCCCGCGGGGCCCGAGAGGGCGGCGCCGGGGCGCAGGAGCGAGCCGCGGGGCGCCCGGAAGUUCUCGGUGAGCUCGUGCCGCGCGCGCGCCCGCGCCGGCGCCUCCCGCGCGCUGCUGAGGAGCGGCCCGGCCUGGCGGAGCGAGGCGGCGCUCGACGACCUCCCGGGGCCGCCCGAGCCCCCGCCGCGGAAACUCGACCCCCCAAAGCCGAAGCCGGCAGACGCCGACCCCGGGGACGUCGUGGCCGGACCCGGCCGCAGUCCCCAGGAUGCGGCGCCCGCUCUGGGCGCUGGAGAGCCCGGGGCGGCUCAGGAGGCAGCCCCGAGCGGGGAGCGAGGCGCCUUCCCGGUCAAACUGCGCUCCACCUCCCUCUCCGCCAAGUUCAGAGACGGCGCUGCCCCGGAAGCAAAGGGGCUCAAGAGAUACAGCGCCGAGAUGCGGCUGGAGAGAGGGGGCCUGACCCUGCUCCCUAAGGAGGAGCAGCGGCACCUCGGAGCUGCCCCCGGGCCCCGAGGCACCAAGUCGCCCAACGGCCAAGGCAAGGGGAAGGCCAGGUCUCCUGAGCAGCCCAGCGCCAAGCCGCCCCUGCCCAGGAAGCCACUUCUGCAGAGCUUUACCCUCCCGUACCCACCCGCGGGCCCCGAUGCUGGCCCUGUAGAGCCAGAGAAAGCCUUGCGACCUCCUGGCCCCAGAAAGGAGAAGUCACUGCACAGAGGAGCUGAAAAGGGUCUGCCUCCUGCUGCAGCAGGUUCUGGUGCUGAUGGGAAGCCCACCCCAUCCUGGAUCACCACUGCUCGACAGAAACAACGAGAGGUCCCAGACCAGCCGCCCAACCAGGAAGACAAGCCUGUGUCACGGAUCCUGAAGACAGAAACAGGAAAGCCCGCCAAGGCACCUGAGAGAGUCCAGGAGCCCAUGAAGCAGGCUGACUUUGUCCGCAGCAAGUCUUUCCUGAUGACCCCUGCUAAGCCUGCUGUGAGCCAGAGGCAGGGGGCAAAACUCAGCCUCAAGGAGGGGCUGCAGAGAGGAAUCUCACUGUCCCAUCAGAACCUAGCUCAGGCUGCGGUGAUGACCGAGAAGGAGUUGCAUCAGCUGAAGAGAGCCAGUUAUGCCAGUACAGAUCAGCCAUCCUGGAUGGAACUUGCCAGAAAGAAAUCUCAAGCUUGGAGUGAUAUGCCCCAAAUCAUAAAAUAGAUUGGCAGCAUGCUGACAAAGAAUGUCCACUGUGUUGAUGGGCCACUUAGUUUAAAACUGCCAAUAAAUCAUGGCAAACAGACUGUGAAACAUAAGAUUGAUUUAUCGUGCAGUUGUGAUGAGCAGCAGGCAGAGGAAGGAACCGGGCAAAAAAAAUUUAAAAAAAAAAAAAAGAAAAAAAGGAACAAACAGAGCCGACAGCCUGGGCAAGAGAGGCCGAGCAAGAACGCUGAAAACGUCCAGGAACGGUUCGUGCCGCCGAGGUAUGAAUGUGAGCCUUUGACAGUGCCGUGGCUAAGGGCCUCAACCCAGGGCCGCAAGCGGAGAUGAGAAGGCGGGCGCGGGAAUGCCUGGGUGGAAGCCGCGGGCGCUGACCGGAAGCCGGGAGCCGGGGGUGUGCCGCUCAGCCUGGCCAGUCUCCUGCGCAGCCCUUUCCUCUCGUGUUUACACUAGGCAUGACAUUUAUGGUAAAACAGGGACGCCGUUUCCAAGAGCAGCUAUUAAAACAAUCGGAUUUCCUGAAGAUAGCCUCUGAGGAGAGGAAGGAACGUAGUAGGGUUGUCAAUUCAUAGACUGUUUCCAAAAAUAGUUUUUAAACUUUUCCACUAGGCAUCUGUGUCCUGAACCACUGCACAAUGCAUUGCCUGUUUAAUAAAAGGUUUCAAACAUG